AAGUACAAAAUGAUGUUUCAAUUCUUACAACUGACAUGCUUUCAUAAAUCACCCACAAAUCAAUUAUACUUACAACCACUUUACAUGUAUUCAAGUGCUGUUUUUUUCCGAAACCGAACAAAAAAGAUUCAACGGCUGUUGAAAACGUUCCAUGCAUUUUCUUAAACUGGGUAUUUUUUAUUCUCGGCAAUAAAUUUUCUGUGAAUUUUGGCCCAGAGGAUUUAAUUUUUAAAUUUGCCUCAUUUGGGUGUGUGUAUAUCUGUAUAGCUAUAUAAGUACAUGUUUUAUUGUGUUGGGUGUAUAGAAUAGUGUCUGUGUAGUUGUCAGCUACUGAAUUGGACUAUGCAGAGUUCGAGUGUGGCGGCGAAGUCGGCCGGAGAUGGGGUUUCCGACGAGAUUCCGGAGGGGCUCAGGGUGAUGAUUGUUGAUGAUGACCCUACUUGUCUAAUGAUCUUGCAGAAGAUGCUUCGAAGUUGUGGUUAUCAAGUUACCCAAUGCCAUCGAGCAGACAUAGCUUUAUCCCUACUCAGGGAGAAGAAAAGUGGAUUUGAUAUUGUGAUCAGUGAUGUUCACAUGCCUGAUAUGGAUGGGUUCAAACUGCUUGAGCACAUUGGAUUGGAAAUGGAUCUGCCUGUUAUCAUGAUGUCUGCUGACGAUAAUAAUAAAGUCGUGAUGAAGGGAGUGACUCAUGGUGCAUGUGAUUAUCUAAUCAAACCAAUCCGUAUUGAAUCUCUGAAGACCUUAUGGCAGCAUGUACUACGCAAAAAGAAACAUGAGAACAAGGACUUUCAGCAAUCAAGAAGUGUGGAAGAUGGAGACCGGAAGCAAAAGGCCCCUGAAGAAGCUGACUACUCUUUUUCUGCAAAUGAAGGAAGUUGGAUGAUCAAGAAGAGGAAGGACGACGAAGAUGAAUCUGAGGACAAGGAUGAUACAACUUCGCUCAAGAGAGCUCGGGUUGUCUGGUCGGUAGAACUUCAUCAACAAUUUGUGGCAGCUGUUAAUCAACUGGGAUUAGAUAAAGCUGUUCCAAAGAAAAUUCUUGAGAAUAUGAAUGUACCCGGACUUACAAGAGAGAAUGUCGCUAGCCACCUACAGAAAUACCGGAUAUAUCUUAAAAGAGUAAGUGGACAGCAACAGAAUGGGCUAAGUGACUCUUUUUUAGGGACCCAGGAAGCACCAUUUGGGUCCAUGUCUUCAUUCAAUGGUCAGGAGUUGCAAAGUCUUGCUGCUAGUGGUCAAAUCCCAGAACAAAGUCUUGCUGCACUGCAAGAUGUGUCACAAUCCACUAUUUCUCCCCUGGUUGAUCAGGGAAAUAUAUUCAGCUUUGAGUCCCCAACUUUACAUUUUGUAGAGGGACAACAGCAACUAAGCAGUAACAGCGAGCAAAUGAACUUCCUCCCUGGUAUCCCAACAAAUAUGGAACCCAAGCAGCUUUCCGAUAUGCAUCAAACUGCAAAUUUAUUUGCGGGCAUGAUGCAAGGAAACCAGAGCAGCUCUUCAAUGGUGCCGAUGACUCAACAGGCAAGCGCUCAGAUACAGAAUGAAACUAAUGGUAAUCUUGCAUCAAUGUUUUCAUCAUCUAUAGCAACUCCUAUCUCAUCAAAUGGGAUAGCAAAUGGUGUUUUGGGAUACAAUGGAGUAAUUAACAAUGUCCAAGGACCAGCAUAUGAUCAAGUUUCUCAACCCUCUGCCAUGGAUUUCUCUGUGAACCACAGUACAGAUUUAUUGGGGAAUGGUUUUUCUGUUGGGGACAAUUCAGAUAUUCCACCCACUUUAUCAACAGGGGUGUUCCAAGGAGAUGCUAGUAUGGAAGUGGAAGGAUCAGGAGGAGAUGCUAGAACAACUUAUGAUAUCAUUAAUGAUCUGCUUGAGCAGAAAUCUCAAGAUUGGAGUUCACUGAAUCCGGAAUUGACCUUUGGCGCAUCCCCACUUGUAAACAUGCAAGGAGACCUUGGUACAUUCCCGUCCUUUUUAGGUCAGCAGGAUUUUCUAGGUAACCUGAGUACUGGGAACAGCAGUAGUUCGUCACUUGGUCAGGGAGUGUUCCUCAGUGGGGAAGAGAAUAUGCCAAUUGUUGGUCAGCAGCCUACUGUGCUUAAUACUGAAAGCUCAUUUCAAGUCGAGGCUAAAAGUUUCCCUGAAACUAGCUAUCAGAAUGCUCUGUUACCUGGAAAUGGAGGGCAAGAGGAUCUCAUGAGUGCCCUACUAAAACAGCAAGACGGAACUGGAAGAGGCGAAGAUGAGUUUGGCUUUGACGGGUAUUCCAUGGAUCAUCUUCCAAUAUAGAUAUUUCAUAGCUUCUUAUAUUAGUGACUGCAAUUUGUGGCGCGUACAAAGUUUAGAUGCAGUCUGAUUCAAACUUAGCAAUUAUCAAACAACAAAGUUCAUGUCAUCUCUUUUUUAGGCCAGCCAUCAAGAAGGGGAUGAUCUCACUUUUUCUUGUUGGUUUAGGAGUUUAGAGAUUGCUGAAACUAAAUAAUCAUUUACAUCAUAGGGAGAAUUUAUGCUUUGCUAUCACACCAUAUGCAAAGCGUAUGCUAUGCCAAAAAUAUACCAACUUUUAGGGAUGAACAUUAUAUCUCUAGGACUAGUCGUCAAAGUGUGUCGGUUAUGGAUUCAAAUUUUUGAAGUUGGUUGAUUAAUCUCAAAUAAAAACCUUUUGGAUAAAUUCUUUCA